CAGCCUCAGUGUUGUAAACAGAGGAGCCGUUAGGGAACCGUCGGUGUGCAGCGCUUACAUCAUCUCUGAUACACACAAACACACAACCCUGCCUUGUUUCCAUAGGCCGUUUUUUUCUUUCAAAUUAUCCUACAUUUCAGCAGUUUUACUUCAGAAAAGAUGCUGAAAACUCUGGGCAAGGUCAUGUUUUCAACAGGACUGGAGAAUCCAAAGUUCACUCCUCAAGACAGCAAGGGCCAGGACUAUGAGGUCCGUACAUACCUCCAAACAAACUGGGUCAGUACCACAGUGACUGGAAUGGAGCAAGAGCCUGCCUUAAGCACUGGGUUUAACAGACUCUUCAAAUACAUCCAAGGAAAUAACGAAAAGAAGGUUAAAGUGGAGAUGACAGCACCAGUGACCUGCUUGAUAAACCCUGGAGAAGGUCCAGCUUGUGAGAGCUCCUUCAGUGUGUCCUUCUACGUUCCUGAAGAGCACCAGGCUGACCCACCUAAGCCAAGCGCCCCAGAAAUUUUUGUUGAGGACAGGAAAGAGUUCACUGUGUUUGUGAGGACCUAUGGAGGUUUUGCCAAUACCCAGAAUACUCAUGAAGAGCUUUUGAAACUGGUUGAAAGUUUGAAGAGGGAUGGAAUGUCCUUCAAGGAGGCUCCGUACUACCGUGUGGGCUAUGAUAGCCCCUUUAAGCUAGUCAAUCGCAGGAAUGAAGUAUGGCUCAUCAAACAGGAGGAUGGAAAGGAGUAAGCUCAAAAAAUGUUUAGUGUCAUGAAAAGAGGUCAAGGUUGUAUCUUAGCUUGGGAAGUGAUCUUGUACUAAUAAUUUUCAUUCACAAGUGCCUGGAUACUUUAAUACUCAUUUGCUGAGAUUUUUAAAAGCUCAUUAAUUACAUUGUCAGUUCAUUUACAUUCAGCUUUUUGUAAAAUGUGAUGUACAUUUUUUCCAAGUAAUUUUUACCAUCUUUAUUGGUCCAUUUACCAUGAAAUGUAAUCAGCAGGAAGCACUUUAACUAAACUAAGUUUGAUUAUGACCACAUAAAAUACUAAUAUAAAUAACAAAGACGCUUUAGCUAAUCUCAGAUGCAGAGACACUGUACGGUGUGACAACUUGCAGGGCACACAGAUCACUUUUUUUUCUUAUUUCUGUUGAUGGUGGUGGUGAGCUUCAAAGGUGCUUCAUUGGCAUCACUGAAUUGUUAAAGAUUGCCUAGAACGGUCGGUGAUCUAUUGUGCUGUAAUUGCAUCCACAUUUUAUUGCAGUUGCUUAUAAUUCAUCAUAUGACCAGUUUAAUGUGAACAAUAACACAUUCCUAUCGUCUUGAAGUUUAAAGCCUUCAAGAAGAAUAAUUUCUAAAGGGAUUUCAGGUACUAGUUUGAUAAAAGGAAAGUGUAUACCAACUAAAAAUGUUUAACUAAAGGAAAACUAAUUAAUGUUGAAAAUGUCAAAUUCUAAUACAUUAGUACAAUGUUUUUUCAUUUAUUAAAUAAUAAAGCUGUUUUUCAUGUA